GAGACAGAGAGAUAGAGGGAGAGAGGGUACUCAAAAUUUGAUGGAGGGUUUCGUGGAUCUCUCUCGCUGCUGCUGAUCUCCGGAGGCUGGGCUUUGUUCGUCUUCGGCUUCGGCUUCGGCUCGGAAGGAGUGAAACGGGGAAGAUCGCGAUUUUCCGAAGGCGGAAAGGAUGGCCGGAUCGGACGAGAACAACCCGGGCGCGGUCGGAGGUGCGCUCGUUCGAGACGGCUUGCGGGUCGGGGCGGGCAAGAUUGUCGCGGGGAAUGGUCAGCAGAGACGAGCUCUGGGCAACAUCAACAGCAACAUCAUUGGGGCUCCUCCUUAUCCGUGCGCAAUCAACAAGAGGGUCUUGUCCGAAAAAAAUGUCAAUUCUGAAAACGACCUUCCCAGUGGUGCGCAUCGGCCGAUUACUAGGCAGUUUGCUGCUCAGAUGGCUUACAAGCAGCAACUUAGACCUGAGGAUAACAAGAAGACGAUCCAAUCAGUCUCAAAUCCCAGCAAAUAUGAAGAUUGUGCCAUCUUAGAUGCAGAUGACGACAAGAUGGCUGAUGACUUUCCGGUGCCGAUGUUUGUGCAGCACACUGAAGCAAUGUUGGAAGAAAUUGAUCGGAUGGAGGAGGUUGAGAUGGAAGAUGUAGCUGAAGAACCUGUCACGGACAUUGACAGCUGUGAUAAGGAGAACCAGUUGGCUGUUGCUGAGUACAUUGAUGACCUAUACAAGUUCUAUAAGAAAGCCGAGGCUUCCAGUUGUGUUCCCCCGAACUACAUGGAUCAGCAGCAGGAUAUUAAUGAGCGGAUGAGAGGUAUACUAAUUGACUGGCUGAUUGAGGUUCAUUACAAGUUUGAAUUGAUGGAUGAGACCUUGUAUCUUACGGUCAAUCUCAUCGAUAGAUUCUUAGCUGUCCAACCUGUAGUGAAGAAAAAACUCCAGCUGGUAGGGGUAACGGCCAUGCUUCUGGCAUGCAAAUACGAAGAAGUCUCAGUUCCAGUUGUGGAGGAUCUCAUUCUAAUUUCAGACAAAGCUUAUAGCAGGAAAGAAGUUUUGGAAAUGGAGAGGCUGAUGGUGAAUACUUUGCACUUCAACAUGUCAGUGCCCACUCCUUAUGUUUUCAUGAGGAGGUUUCUUAAAGCUGCUCAAUCUGACAAGAAGCUCGAGCUCCUGUCAUUCUUCAUCAUCGAGCUUUCCCUGGUUGAAUAUGAGAUGCUGAAGUUCCCACCCUCUUUAUUAGCUGCUUCUGCAAUCUACACUGCUCAGUGUACAAUAGCCGGAACCAAACGGUGGAGUACGACAUGCGAAUGGCACACCAGCUACCCAGAAGCACAGCUCCUGGAAUGCGCCAGAUUGAUGGUCACUUUCCAUCAGAGGGCUGGAUCGGGGAAGCUCACUGGUGUGCACCGAAAGUAUAGCACAUCCAAGUUUGGUCAUGCCGCGAGAACUGAGCCCGCUAACUUCCUCUUAAACUUCCUUUUGUAAUAGGGUUGCGUGGUCGCGUACUUUACCUAAAUCAAACAUCAAAAAACUGACUUUUGGGGCCAGGGUGGGGGGCUUAAAAAAGUAUAGCAACAUAAGUUGCCCUGGGAGUAUUCCUUAUAUCCCUUGAACAUAUGUGAUGCUGAUCCAUUUGAGCGUUUUAUCUGAACCUGACAGUGUAUAGCCGUUGUUUGUUGACACUGUUCCUUAGUUGCAUUUAUUCAUCGAUUUUCAUUUGUUGUCAA